GUUCUUGAGGAAACAGAUCGUGAUCCAGAGGCGCUGGUCCCGUUCGAUCUUGUACUGAAAUUGAUUUCUUACAUUCAUCGAAGUUCGCGUGACCUUUCGGAAAGCAUAUUGGUAUUUCUUCCUGGAUGGGCUUCUAUUAGCCGAGUGACUACAUUGAUUCAACGAUCGCCUAUCGCCCGAGAGUUGUCUGUUUUACAGCUUCACUCAAGUUUAACGGCAUCAGAACAACAAAGAGUGUUUUACCGAGCCCCUAAACGGUAUAGAAAGGUGGUACUUUCUACCAAUAUUGCAGAAGCAAGUGUAACCAUUGAUGAUAUUGUAUUUGUUAUUGAUAGCUGCUUAACAAAAGGCACAUCAUAUGAUGCGAAGGGAAAUACUUCCGUUCUCAAGGCCACAUAUAUCAGUAAGGCGAAUGGUAUGCAGCGUCGUGGUAGGGCUGGGCGCUGUAGAGCAGGGGUAUGCGUUCAUCUUCUUCCUAGGACUGCAUAUGGAGAACUUCCAGAAUUUCUUUUGCCAGACAUUAUGAGAUCUCCACUGGAAGAGGUUUGCUUACACGUAAAGGCAUUGAAGCCAGAUGAAGGCUGUGCGAAGGUGUUGAGCCGUGCUAUGGAUUCUCCACCAGGAGAUUCCAUAGAACAUGCAAUUAGGUUUUUGAAGGAUAUGGGUGCCUUUACCUAUGAAAAAGAGCAAUUGACAAACCUUGGUAGGGCGCUCUCAAAGCUUCCUAUACAUCCGCUGUUGGGUAAAAUGCUUCUUGCGGCUGCAUGUCUAGGCGUUUUGGAGCCAAUCGCAACGAUUGCUGCCUUUCUUUCUGGGAAAUCACCAUUUAUUAAACCCUUGCCAGAGCAGAAGAUACCCAUGCGAAAUGCGAUGAAAAACAUCGAUAAUGGUCUAUUAUCAGAUCAUUUUUGCGCCUUGAAAUUAUUUGAUGAAUGGAAAAAACUAACUGUAGUGCUGAUUACGCGAUGCAACAGUUUGCAGAUCAGACUGUGUUACGUUCAAUGGACCGAAUCCGAAACCAGUUGUUGCGUCUUGUAA